AUGGGAUUUCCCAGGCAAGAAUGCUGGAGUUGCCUUUUCCUUCUCCAUGUUAUCUUCCCGAGCUGGGGAUCAAACCCUUGUCACCUGCAUUGGCAGGCAGAUUCUUUACCAGAGCCACCAAGGAAGCCCAACCUUUACCUGGAGGUACUGCCAGAGCAACUUGAUUCUAGGGCUGGUGCUAACCCUCCACCUUGGCUAGCCUCAGGGUACACUGCUGUCCAUUUCCUGCCUGUUUCUCGCCAGUCCCCAGAUUUAUUCACCAGGUCCAGUCUUGGGGAUAACCAGUGUGAAUAUAUUAAACACAUACGAGGAAAGAAUGUAACUGUCAAAAAGAGGAACCCAUCAAAAUCUGAAGCCAAGAAGAGGGGAGCCAGAGAAGCAAACACAGGCAAUACAUGCUGGCACUGGGGUGUGAGGGUGAGGGUGCAUCAGCCAAGGAUGCGGGAACAGGUAUCUCCUGCUUUUCAAAAGUUCACUUUAUACCACUUUGAUUUUUACAGAAUACCUGCAUGA